UAGUGCCACUCUGCAGAUUUGUGCAAGAAAAGUCCAUGUAGAAAAAGGAAGAUUAUCUUGUUCUGCGACGCCGGUAUAACGUAAAUCCAAAUACUUAUUGGAUUUCGGUAUCAGCUAACUGCUUAGCUAGCAUGCGGGUGUCUCAAACCAUAAGGAAAGUCCUCUCUGAUUAAUUUUUCUCUCGUCAUGACUGAGUUAAGAUGUCGGAAACUUGCAGAGACUUUGAAGGAGGAUCAAGUAGAAGAGGAGCGCCGAAAUGAUCCUCAGCUGCAGACUGAACGUAUUAAUGAUCCUGUGAAGACAGAUGAAGGGGUGAGUGUUUCCAGCUGUGGAGCACAGGACAACUUGGAGCAGAAAGAUGGACGUGAAGUUAAAGAAGAUGAUAGCCACCAUAAACAGGAGGACUCAAGCAGACUCAAAACAUCUGUCAAAAAGUCCAAGAGCUCGUCUGCUUCAGGUUUCCUGCAGCAUCUGGUGCGGGUGUUCUUUGGAUGUCUGGCAGCAGUUGCCUGCGGUGUACUUUAUGCCGGGUAUCUGUCUACAUAUCAUGACAGGAAGUUCUGGUUUUCCACUAGACAGGAGCUGGAACGUGAAAUCACCUUCCAAGCAGGCAGUGGGCUUUAUUAUUACUACUACAAGCACAUGCUGGCAGCAACAUCUUUUGAAAGAGGGUUUUAUGAGCUCACGAUAGAUAACAGGACUGUUUCAGGUCAGACCAUCAACGCAGUGAAGCGACUGUCUUUGUAUCCAGAGCUCAUCACAAGCUACAUAUACAGAGUCACAGGCAGCCAGGACUUUGUGGAGCCAAUUUACUUCUACGUUGGCACGGUCUUCGGCCUCCAGGCUGUCUACGUCACUGCCCUGUUUGUAUGUAGCUGGGUGAUGAGCGGCACCUGGGUGGCUGGAAUGUUGGCUGUGGCCUGGUAUGUCAUCAACAGACCGGACAUAACCAAAGUGGACCAUGCUGUUCCUCUGCGGGACAGCUGGGCUCUUCCUUACUUCUCUUGUCAGGUGGCAGCUUUGACUGGAUUUCUGUGUAACAACAUCAGCUCUGCCACUGAGAUGUUUUGCUAUCUUACCAUGAGUGUCAGCACCUUCACCUUCCUCCUGCUCUGGGAGCACAGUCACUAUGUGCUCUUCAUCCAAGGCCUCUGUCUUUUCCUGCUCGACUCUUUUGACCUGGUGCCAUCACGUAAGAUGGCCGACAUCCACAAGGUGUACCUCAGCUCCUUGUUGUUGGUGUACUUGUUCCAGUUUCAGAACGCGACCCUGCUCAGCUCGCCGCUACUCGGCCUCCUGAUUGGCUUAGUGCUUGCGAGGUACUUCCAGCAAAAGAUGAAGAUGGGUCCUCUUGUGGCCAGAGUGAUGAAGCUCUUCCUACAUUUCCACCUGGUCUUUACUACAGGGAUCACCUUCAGUUAUUUGGUCAAGAAACUUAUACCUGUAAGUGAAGGUGACUUCAUAUUGAAAUUCCUUGAAGUAAAAAUUGGGCUCAACACAACAAGUGACUUCAUCACAAACCUCCUCAUGUGCCAAGAGAGUUUCCAGAGACCCGGGCAGGACUUAUUUCUGCGACUGACACAGGCCUCAGUCCUCCCCUUCUACUUGCUGGUGCUCACCGUCUGCCUGCUGUCCACCCUGCAGACCAUUUACAGGAGACUCAGUGGUCAGCCAAUGAAAACCAACCUAAGACUUGAAGAUGGACAAAUAGGAGAGCAGCCUGAGGUCGUUUAUCACGUUUUUCACACCUUGUUUUUUGGAGCCCUGGCUCUGCUGUUUGAUGGGAUGAAGUAUUUGUGGACGCCAUACGUCUGCAUGUUUACAGCAUUUGGUGUGUGUUCGCCUGACCUCUGGAUGACUGUGUUUAAGUGGCUCAAACUGAAAUCCAUUCACCCUGUAGUGCUGUCUCUGAUCCUGAGCACAGCAGUUCCUACCAUCAUCGGGUUCAGUUUAUGGAGAGAGUACUGGCCUCGUGUCCUAGCGGAGUUGUCUGACCUGCAGGAGGUCUACGACCCAGAUACGGUCGAGCUGAUCAGCUGGAUCAAGUUAAAUGUUCCAGUGGCAGCUGUGUUUGCAGGAAGCCCUCAGAUGUUAGGAACAGUGAAGCUGUGUUCAGGUUCAGCUGUGACCAGUUUACCGCUUUACUCCGACAUCAGCCUGCUGAAGAGGGCUGAAGAUAGUUAUCAGGUGUAUGCAAUGAGGCCUGCAGAGGACAUCUAUAAGAUUCUGACGUCUCAAAAGACAAACUACGUGAUAAUCGAGGAAUCGAUUUGUAAUGAGAUUAGGCUUAAUAAGGGCUGUAGGAUAAAAGACCUGCUCGACAUCUCCAAUGGACAGGUUGUUUAUGACAAAGGAGAGAUGUAUUCCUUCUCCAAAUAUGGAAGAUUCUGCCAGGAGAUGAAGAUGAACUACUCGCCCUACACAAACUACUUCACCAGAGUUUUCUGGAAUCGCUCCUACCACGUCUACAGAGUGAACUCAGUCAUUUCCUUUCAGUACUGACAGCAGUUUCUGCCUCCCUGCUGACACUUCGCUCCAGUGUUUCACUUCAUAUUUACAGUGUAACACAGAGGACUGCAAAGUGUUUUUGCAGUGUGGGGACAGAAAAUGUCUGAUCACUGUUCAUGUUUGGGCGAAAGUUGCACAUCUGAUUCAAAAGGGAUCAGCUGAGCACAUUGUUGGUCUGCAUACUGAUUUAAAAUCAACAUAAAUUGACCUUGAUUAAGUUGACAUAUGCCAUAUUAAUCAGUGCACUGUAGUUCUAUAAGCAAUGUGUUACAGAUACUGCAGAGCAUUUCCUGAAGAGGGAGGUUAAUGUCUGAGAUCUGUGUGUUCAGUUUGUACAGAAGUUGUGGUUACUGAGAUGCUUAGGGCAUUUUAUCUUGUGUUCACAAUUUAAGUCAUUAUGCUGAGACAACAACUUUUGCUUAUAUGAAUACUAUACUGUAAAGCUGUCAUUCUCUGCCACUGAUAGAAGUAUACUGUUGUCUUGACAUAACCAGUGCAGUUUUCUUAAAACCUUGUUUUAAUGUCACAUGGCCUUUGAAUAAUCCGGCUCCCCUCCACCUUGGUUUGUUCAUGAAGUUAGCCUUGUUGCCCUAAAAGGAAAAAUGUCCGAUAAGACCACAUAGCAAAAGAAACCAGGUAGACCUACGCAUAUUAGCAUUAGUUAUGAUGACCACCAUUUAGUAAUUAUGAUUAACAAACAGUUUGCUUGUAAUUAUGAUUAAAUAUUGAAUUAUGAGCUUGAACAUCAGAUCACAAGCUGAUCCAUUUAUCGAAAGCUAAUGUGAUGAUGAAGAGCUAAUUAAAAGCUGAACAAAAUUAUCCUUUUGUUUUCAUCACAAAAAAUACUCAUGAACCCCAUGUUUAUAUGCUGUUCUUUUGCUUCUUUGAUGGGGAAAGUGGCUGUUUAUAGGGUGACGUGUUCUGCAAGUAAGAGCAGGUGUCUACUGUCAAAGGGGAAUAUUACUGCUGGAGUCCACUGUCAGUGAAUGUAUUUGAAAGUAACAGUUGGCUUGUGGCACGUGAAGAUACAGAACAGAUUUGUAGUGAAGCUGUUCAUAUAUGAUGCUUCAUCAUUCUCUCAUCAACUGGACGUGCAGAGCUUGAAAUGGACAUGUUUCUGGCCUGAGGGGUCUUAAGACUGUUCCCAUCUCUAUCGGUCACAACUUCAGCCCUGAGACAUCAUGUCCCACUGCUUCUCACCUGAAGUAUCUGCUAGUUUCUCUUGGUGCUAUCAUGCAACACCACUGUUUCCCUGCAAAAGGCCAUGUAGUGAAUUUUGGAUUUUAUUGAAAUGCUGAUGGAUAUUAAGUGUGUAUGAGUUGAUAAAUACAAAAUGAUCUCUGAAAUGUU